GGGGUGUGUUCAGCUGCACAGUAUAGCGCUUGUGUUAUGGGAGCACUCCUCCAUCCCCCUUCAUACUCCUCGGUAACAACUGUAUUGCAGCUCCAGAUGCUGUGUGUGUGAGGGGGAGAGAGGGAGGGACACGUCUGCUGCUGCUACUGCUGCUGCUGCUGUUGUCUCUGUUUUUCUCGGGGCUGGGUUUUCUUCAGGGUCUGCCGCGCUUCUGCAGUGGACACGGCAAGGAAGAGCCCCCCAGAGACGAAGCUAGCUGAGGUUUGAAAUCGUAAUUAAGGAGAGAAGCAGCUGACGAAAGCGAGGAUGAGAGGAGAGCAGAUGAACAGUUGCCACACACACCAGGACUCUUCUCAUCUCUGAAGAACAGAUGCUCUGUGUUCAUCUCCCUCCUCCAGAUGUCUGCAGCCCUGUGCAGUAGUUAGAUCCAUCAGGGAGGACAAGAUUGCUCUGUAUGGAUCUGUUUCUUCCCAACGAUUCAGCAGAACUCAUCGGUGGUCACUGGUCCAGCUGCUGAGCCUGUAGACCUGCCUGCAGCCUGACAUUAAGAAAACAGACAACAUAGAGUCCAUGACACUGAAAAACACAAAUGAUGGACAAGAAAAGUGCAAAUGGCUUUCCCUCCAAAGCUUCUGAAAGUGGAGGACAGAGGAAACAGCUGCCCUAUUCUGUGGAGACACCUUAUGGCUUCCACCUUGAUCUGGACUUCUUAAAAUAUGUAGAUGACAUUGAGAAGGGCAACACCAUCAAGAGGGUGCACAUACAGCGAAAGAACAGAGGUCCAAAGUAUAGCACACUGCCACGCAACUUCAGCCUUCCUGGACAUGGUGCAAGACCUGCUGCCAAAGACACAUGGGCCAACACCUCCACCCUGGGGUCCAAGCCUAAAUCACGUGUUACUGAGGUUCAGCAAUUUUUUGAAUUCAGAGCAAGUGAUGGCAGUGCUGGCAGUAGCAGCGGAAGCUCUACUGCUGGUCAUUCCAAGGUCCAAAGCAGUGGUUACCUCUCGUCCCCCAAACCUGCAGAUGAGGUCCAUGUUCAAACCUCAUACAAAGAACAGCAACUGGGACUUAAUGUGAGGCCACACUUGUUUCGGGCAUCUAGCAUGCCUGUUAACGUCCCUCACAGGAAAGCCUCAGAGUCUGCCGAUGAGCAGAGCCCUCAAUCCCAGAACGGCUCAACUGAGAGGCUGUUUCGUCCUUUGGAUGGUAGCGACAGAAGAGGAAGCAUUCCUCAGGACAGGGCCAGCCUGCAUCAACAGAUAACAGCAGCACUGAAACGGGUGCGUGAACUGGAAGAGCAAGUCAGGACCAUACCUGAACUGAAGUCUCAGAUUUGUUCACUGAGAGAGGAGAGAGAACAACUGCUUCAGAGGAUUCAAGCACAGUCUGAGAGAAACGCACAGCCGAACGAAAAAACCCAACCUGAUUCCCAAGAUAGCAUCGACAUUUCUGUAGCAACGCACCCGCAAGAAGCUCCAUCCCUUUGCCAGGACAAUGUAGCUGACAGUAAACCUGCAGUACCAGUAGCAGAGUCAGCUGCAGAACCACAGGCAGAAGGACAAGACUUAGUGGUGCAAGACCUUGCAGGGCAGGAACCCACAAAACCAACAAUAUUAAGAAAAGAACCCAUACCAGCUGUGGUCUCUGUCCCUGUGAUCAUUAUAGAAAAAGCUGAGAGCCCUACUGAUUCGGAAGAAUCAGAGAAGCAGUUGGAAGAAUCUGAACAUGAGGCUGAAAUACCAGAGAGGCAUCUAGAACAAGAGCAGGAAAAGCAAGAGGAAACACUAGUCACUUCUGCAGAAGAUAAACAGUCAGAGCUAUUAGAAGAACAAGGAGACACAUCUGAACACUCAGUGUCCCAAGAGAAAACUGAGAAAGCAGAGGCUGUUGAAGGAUCAGAUGUAGCAAAAGAAAAAUGGACCUCCACUACAGAUGAACAAGAGUCUCUCAGUUUUCAAGAACUACAAGUCAAAGUCAAGACUUUGGAGGACAGAUUAAGCCAGGCCAGCUGUGAGCUAGACAAGACAAAUUCACUACUGAGUGUGCAGAUAGAGGAGAACAGAUUAAAGGAUGUAAUGAUUCAAGAACUAAGUGAAAAAGUUAAGGAGUCUCUUGCUGUCAGUGUAGAGCAGGAGACAACUGUUCUGCCGGAGCCUGUGCAACUUCCUGAAUGCAUUGUUAUGUGUGAUGCAUCUAUCAGUACAGAUAGCAAAAUUGUCUUUGAAAAGGCAGUGUUGACAGAUACUGAAGUUCAACCUGAUGAUGGCCCCAAAGAGACAGACCUAACGUGCUCUAGCACUCAAACAACUAUAAUCCAGACGCGAGAUAUUGAAGUGUCAGCACAGGUGAUGACAGCUGAGAAAGUCGUAGGGGUGGAAGUUGCUGUGUGUGACCAGGCUGUUGAGACUGAUGUCCCAUUCAGUCCUAGUGAUAAUGUGCAUGCAAAUACAUCUGAGACAGAAGCAGAUGGGCAGACCACUGAUGUGAAAUCCAGCACAGACAAAGAAAAUAUAGUCCCAGAAAAACUCAGUGAAAGCAUCAUCAUUGAAAGUGAUGUGGCCGAAGAGUAUGUUAUAGUAGAAAAGACCGAAAGUUGCAUAGUUGAGACAAUAGCCAAGCAGAAUAUAGUUGUCAAGUCCAUGGAAAAUGAGCUGGCGGAGAGUACUAAAGUUGAAAGUGUGGUAAUGGAAAGCUCCAAAGUAGAUACAAGCACAGGACAAUCUCAGCAAGACCAAAAUCAAAUGGGAGGACAAGACACUCAGCCCCAGCCUCAGCCUCAGCCCCAGCCUCAGCCUCAGCCGCAGCGGCCCACUGAACCUGCAACAUCACCUGCAGCCAUAGGCCAGGUUGUCAAUCGUAUCCAGGGGCUUUUUAAUGAGCAGUGGGCCAGCCUAGGUAGUGGGAGCCAAGAAGGAAAAGGUGAGGGCUCACAGAAACAGCCAGUCUCAAAGAUCAGCUCCAUCCAGAGUCACCUCAGAGGCUCUCUCAGCGCCCUCUCAGCCUUCUAUUCUCCUGUCCAAAAAGGAGGUGCAACAAAACAAUCAGGCCUCAAAUCCAUCAUGAAGAAGAAUGACUAUCCUGACAAGCAGGGGAACGGAGGAGUCAAAAAGAACCUGAAGUUUGUUGGCGUGAACGGAGGUGCUCAGGUAGAACUGCAGCAUGUGAGCUAUGAGACGACUUCCAGUGAGGAGUCCAGUGGGGAGGAGAAUGAGGACGAGAGGGAGGAGGAGGUGGAUAGCUCCGAGCCAGAGGAGCAGGGGGAGGAGAAAGAGAGUGGAGCAGCCCAGGAGGAGGCUGCUGCUGCUGGGGAGCAGGCUGAUGAAGCUCAGGCAAAGGGGUCUGAGUGCUCUGAGGAGCCUAAAGACCUCGAGGCCAGUAUUGGUCCCCAGGAGGAGCAGCCGGUCAGUGAAUUUGUAGAUAAAAACUUCAUGGCUGCUUGUCACUACCUGAAGGACCGAAUGGCUGAAGUCUCUGCCCCCAACAAAGAGAUGAGGCAGAUUCUGAUGGUGCUCUAUCAGGAGUGGUUUCGUGUGUCCAGUCAGAAAGAAUCCCAGGCAGAUACGGUGACACUGUACCUGAGGGAGGUUGGGAACCAAACCCCCACUCUAUUGCGCUACAUAGUUAACCUGGCCGAUGGCAAUGGAAACAUGGCCCUACACUACAGUGUUUCCCACUCUAAUUUCCCAGUGGUCAAGCUGCUGUUGGAUACAGGUCUGUGUGAGGUGGAUCAUCAGAACAAGGCAGGCUACACUGCAAUAAUGCUGGCAGCCUUGACCGCAGCGGAAGGGCCUGAGGACAUGGAGGUGGCCCAGCAGCUACUGAGCCUGGGCAACAUCAACGCUCGGGCCGGCCAGUCAGGCCAGACAGCGCUGAUGCUGGCAGCGAGUCAUGGCCGCACAGCGAUGGUGCAGGUUCUUCUCGAAUGCAAAGCUGAUGUUAACAUACAGGACAACGAUGGCUCCACCGCGCUGAUGUGUGCCUGUGAGCAUGGCCACAGUGAGAUAGCCAAACUACUGCUGGACACACCUGAGUGUGACACUAGCCUCAAAGAUAAGGCUGGACACAUGGCUCUAUCUGUGGCCAUCAAGGCCUCCCACUCUGAAGUUGUCGAGCUGCUAAAGGCCCAUGCAGAACACGCUGGAACUUCAUCUGCCACAGGUCUUCUCUGAGGUUGCAGAGAUUCUAUACGUCCUCUCUAGAGGCAACGAUACCUGCAUUCACCCUUUGCCUCAAUCAGACAAAGUGGCCUAUGACUAAAACGGCCUAUGAGAAGUGGACUCCAAUCCAUAAAGCUUCCCUGAACUAAGCAACAGAUCAAUUUCUUCAGUUCCUCUGAAGCACAGCUACCUUCAAGCUCUUAACUUCAUGUGGAUCAAGCAUGGUACAUUGUUACAUGUUUUGUCCUCUUUUCAAGCAUUGUUAUAUUUUUGUCAAGUAGAGAGCAUUAUACAUGAAUGUUAUUACAGAGUCUAUCAGAUACACAGUAUAUUUAUUUUAUAUUGCACUUUGCUGUAUUGAUUUUUUUAUUCUAUCUGUAAUAUAUAUAUAUAUAUAUAUAUAUAUAUAUAUAUAUAUAUAUAUAUAUAUAUAUAUAUAUGAAGUCUGUCUAAAUAUAACCUGAUGAUCAGCAUUAUGUCUUCCAAUAUGACUGUUGUCAGGUAAUGCUCAUUUCCAAGAUAUAUAAAAUGGAGUGUGGUUUUAGUACGAGUGGGAAAGAGAAUGCCAGGGUAACCCCCUUACUACAUAUGUUGAUUCAAUAAACAGAAACUGCAAAAGUCAGGCUAAUGCUGUACUCCAGUGUCCCUCCCAUCCUAUAUAGUAUACUUAUCCAAAAAUAUGGGCACACACUGGACAAGUUGAAGGAAAUCUGUGCUUUGGUAUUUAAUAAACCAGCUCAUCUUUUUUUGCUUCUUUUGAAAUUAUUCAUGGGUCUAGAAGGACAAUAAACAGUAUAAUCAAAAUUAAAAAUAUAUUGGAAGCAUUCAACUUUUUACUGUUUUUUAUGACUCAGAUGACCUUAUGGUACCUAUUUUUUCAUUGUCAGGCAUAUAUUUUACUGCAGUGUACAGAGAUCCUGUGUUGUUCUCUUAUGGGCUCCUUUCUCAAUCUCAACCACUAAUUCAGGCCAUGCAAGAUCUGAAUUGGGUUUGUAAGAGCAGUUUGUUGUACUGAGAUCCUACAAGAUGGAAACUUUUUGAAUCUACACCGGUGAGCCAAAAUAUUAUGACCUCCUUCUUAAUAUGCCAGUUUGUCUCUCUUCAGAUCACUGUAGGUAGGCAUUCUCCACUGCUGAGAAUACUGUUGACCAGGAGCAUCUUGUCGUUUCGGAGAUGUUUGGUCAUAAUGUUCUGACCCUUAUCAAAGUCAGAUCUUCAUGACUGUCACAUACAGCACUUCGACUACGAGAACUAACUGACCAGCUAACCAGACCUUGACACGUGAUAUUAUGAGAUAUUCAAUGUAAUUCACUAUAUCUUUGAGUGGUCAUAAUUUUUUGGCUCAUUGGUGUAAACCGCCAUCUCCAAGCUUAUCCAUUGGUAUCAGAGCAUGCAACUAGUGCGCAAACCUUCAGAAUUUAGCUCCAGCUCUAACACACCUUGCUUUAAGAAUGACAUGCUUCUCAUAACCUUAGCUGGCACCUGUGCUGCCCAGGAGGAUCUGAAGGCAGAGACGGGGAUGGUCUUCGUCUUGUGAGGCCCCUGAGCACAAACUUCUUUCUUUGGAGGCCCGUGCAUUCUAACAUAAGAAAUGCAUGCAUAAAUAAAUACACACAUAAAUAAAUAAAAAGACCUCAAAAGUGAGAUUAGGGAGUCAUUCAUGUUCAUGUUUAUGUACAUUUAAACAAUGCUUCUUGUUUCUUUUUUGUUUUAUUUAUGUGCAAUUGUCUCUACAUCAUAACAGAUUUGUACAAACUUCAAUCAAGAUUUCUUCCCUUAUUUUUUUUAAGCCACACUGAGUUGUAAUGCAAUAAAAGAAGCAGUCAGA